GCCGCGGUGGGAGUUCGAAGGUGGCAACUGCCGGACGAAGAGAACGGUCUACAGAACAGCGAACCGGGAGGAUACAGUAUUUAAUGAAAAAUCCAAGUUUAAGCAAUAAAAAUGGCAGGCUUCCUCGAUAAUUUCCGAUGGCCAGAAUGUGAAUGUAUUGACUGGAGUGAGAGAAGAAAUGCCGUGGCUUCCGUGGUCGCAGGCAUAUUGUUUUUCACAGGUUGGUGGAUAAUGAUUGAUGCAGCAGUGGUGUAUCCUAAACCAGAACAGUUGAACCAUACUUUUCACACCUGUGGCGUGUUUUCCACAUUGGCUUUCUUCAUGAUAAAUGCUGUGUCCAACGCACAGGUGAGAGGCGAUAGCUAUGAAACCGGCUGUCUAGGAAGAACAGGUGCUCGAGUUUGGCUCUUCAUUGGUUUCAUGUUGAUGUUCGGGUCACUUAUUGCUUCCAUGUGGAUUCUGUUUGGGGCAUAUGUUACCCAGAAUACUGAUGUUUAUCCAGGACUAGCUGUGUUUUUUCAAAAUGCUCUCAUAUUUUUUAGCACGCUGAUCUACAAAUUUGGAAGAACUGAAGAGCUCUGGACCUGAGAUGACUUCUUUUUUUUGUACCGGGAAUAGAAGUCAUGACCUCACGCUUGCCAGGCAGGCGCUGUGCUGCUGAGCUAUAUCCCUGGCCCCUAAGAUCACUUCAAUCACAUUUUCCUUUUGUUACAUUCCAUUUGUAGAUAAGUUUUUAUCUCUUUGAUAUAAUUUACACAUUGCCAAAUGGAACACCGUGUACAUUAAAUGUUUUACGUUUCUGUGCUGAGUUAUGAAAUAGGUUUAUGAAAUUUCUGUCCUUUUUUCAUUGACUGGACUAUUAAUAUGUAUAUAAUAUGAGACUAUGUAGGUUGAAUGAUGAAUAUCAGUUUUUUAUUCCUGACACUUGAGGCUUGAUUUAUUCCCAGAGCCAGGAUUGUAUCAUGUCUUUUAGAGGUAAAUACUGUCUCAGUGUCUCUAAUUUCUGAAGAUGUAAAAAAUGUACCUCUGUAUACCUGGAAUAUGUACCAAGCCAUUUAAAAAGGUAUUUCUGCAAGUUGUAAUUUAUUUUGGCUUAAAAAUGAGAUUUUUUAAAGGAAAAAGUUUGUUCUUCUGUAUUAAAGAAGUAGACUUUUAUAUGAAGAUUUUUAAAUACGAACAAAGUUUAAAUAGAUUUCCUCUGCUGUGAAUUUAUUGGAGAAGGGAUAAUACAUGAUCAAAUAAAUUUGGUUUUUAUGGUUAAUGUGUGAAGACUGCAAGGCUAUUCAGUGAGCUACUAUAAAAGCAGCUUCAGGGGUCUGCGGGGUUCUCUUCUGACAUGCCUGCUGUUGUGAGGUGUCACACAGUUGUGUAGCAAGCAAGUCUGAGACCACUGCAGUUGAGAAGCAUGAACCAUGUUACAGAAAGUGGAAUAGU